UUGGGAACCUUGACUCUUCGUCCUUAGUCUGUUUGUGGAUUAUGUACGUGUGUUGUGUCGUGUUACUGUGCUUCGAAUUUCCGUCGUUUUAUUGGUUCUUUUACGUUAUUUCGUCCUCCGGUUUAUAAUAGCAGAGUACGAUACCUCACUUCUUAUCAAGAUUAUCGACAGAAGAUGAAAUGAAAUCAGAAUACUUCUUCGAAAAUGGAAAUCUGAUGACAGAAGAAAAUUUGAACUCAUAAUGGAACCAUUACUUACGAGCAAGAUUCUGAGGGCCCCUAAUUUAAAAAGGGGUCAGGAAAAUAUUAGAAUACAGGAUAGAAUCAAGCUAGAACGAGUGCUAGGUGUAACCGUUUCCAGCAAUGCAGCCCUAGAUUGCGACUCGACCAGCGAAUUGGUUGCUUAUCCAGCUGGUUGCACUGUUGUGCUGCUUAACCCACGUCAAAACAGUCAAGCACACGUAUUGAAUGCCUGCAGGAAAACUGUAACUUCUCUCGCACUCAACGGAGACGGUAAACUUUUGGCUACCGGCGAAUGCGGUCAUAUGCCGAACGUUCGUGUUUGGGAUAUUUCCGAUCCAUACAAUGCCGUGCAAAUUGCUGAAUUUUCGGGACAUAAGUAUGGUAUUAACUGCGUGGCUUUUUCACCCAGCAACAAAUACGUUGUAUCUGUCGGUUCACAGCAUGACAUGAUUGUCAGUUGGGAUUGGCGAAACAAUGUUAAAAUAGCAUCCAAUAAAGUUUCGAGUAAGGUGAAAGCUGUUUGUUUCGCGGAAAAUGGCAAUUAUUUCGUCACCGUGGGUAACAGGCAUGUCAAGUUUUGGUACUUGGAGUACUCACGUAGUGCCAAGUACAAAGAACCCGUGCCUUUGAUGGGUCGAUCUGCUAUAUUGGGAGAGCAAAGGAAUAACGAUUUUGUUGAUGUAACUUGUGGUAGAGGAGAAAUGGCGGAUUCCACAUAUGCGAUUACCAAAACAGGCCUCUUAUGCGAAUUUAAUAAUAGGAGGCUCUUAGACAAAUGGGUUGAACUUCGAACGAAUAGCGCCAAUUGUAUGGCGAUCGGAGAUAAAUAUAUUUUUAUUGGAUGCGCCGAAGGUAUUGUAAGAUGUUUUAGUCCUAGCACACUUCAAUUUAUUACUACGCUACCAAGGACACAUUAUUUGGGAGUCGACGUUGCACAAGGAUUAUCUAUCAGCCAUAUGUCUCAGCAUCCGGUUAACGCAAGGUAUCCAGACGCGAUCGCACUUGCGUUUGACGAACGAAAUAAUAAGCUGACCUGUAUAUACAAUGACCACAGUAUCUACGUUUGGGACGUGAGAGAUAUUAAACGAGUCGGAAAGUCGCACUCGUUCUUAUACCACUCCGCUUGUAUCUGGGGUGUCGAGAUGUAUCCAACCGAUUCAGAUUCCCUCGGUGCGAUGCCAUCCGGAAGUUUUAUCACUUGCUCGAGCGAUGACACGAUAAGGGUUUGGAAUUUAGAAAAGGACUGCUCGCCCAAUGAGACUAUAUACAAGCGAAAUAUUUACAGCAACGAAUUGCUCAAGGUCUUAUAUGUGGAUCCAGAAUUGACUUAUCUAAAGGAUCUGGAUCUGGCUGCCGCAGGAUCCACCGAGAAGAACGACGCAUCCUAUGAUGGUCGAAAUGGUGUGAGAUCGAUAAGGGUCUCUCCUGAUGGCAAACAUCUGGCUUCUGGAGAUAGAUCCGGCAAUAUCAGAAUUCACGAUAUUUCUUCUCUGGAAGAGUUGUGUUUAAUAGAGGCGCACGAUGCUGAGGUGUUGUGUCUGGAAUAUUCCAAGUUUUUGCGACACUCACUAGACGCUCCUCGGUUGUUGGCAAGCGCAUCUCGUGACAGACUAAUUCAUGUUUUUAGCGUCGAUCAAGGAUACAAUUUUUUGCAGACACUCGACGAUCAUAGCUCUUCCAUUACCGCAGUCAGAUUUUUUAAUCAAUCAAAUCAGGUUAAUCAGAUACAAAUGGUGUCCUGUGGUGCGGAUAAAAGUAUUAUUUUUAGACAAUUGCAAUCGACACCAGGUGGUAUGCCACAAUUUGCUAGAGGCCGCAACGCUCAGGGAAAAACUACUCUAUAUGACAUGGAGGUCGAUUCUGGACAGAAGCACGUAUUAACUGCCUGUCAAGAUAGGAAUAUUCGAGUCUACAAUGUUACCACGGGUAAACACAGCAAGACUUUCAAAGGUUCCGUUAGUGAUGAUGGUUCACUGAUUAAAGUAGUCUUAGAUGCGUCUGGUAUUUAUGUAGCUACCUCAUGUACAGACAAAACGUUAUGUGUGUACGAUUAUUAUAGCAGCGAGUGUAUGGCUACUAUGGUUGGCCAUUCGGAAUUGGUGACAGGUUUGCGCUUCAGUCCAGAUUGUCGUCAUCUUGUGUCCGCAAGUGGCGAUGGCUGUGUAUUCGUGUGGCGUGUCCCGCAUGAUAUGGUCGUGACUAUGCAGGCUCGUUUAGCCCAGCAAGCGAUGCGUGCCGGCAAAAGACCACUGCAAGUCAACGGUGAUGGAAUUGAUGUACGAUUAGAUAAUGAAACCUUUGGAUCACCUCCACCAGAUUUUCUCGAUCCUAAUGCGAAUCCAACGGCUCAGAAUGUAGAUUAUAGAUUUAGCGUCGGUCAACUGCCGUUGUGGGCGAAGAAGCAAAUAAAUACCACGAAUGUUGAUGAUAGCGUAGCACUGAGUUCAAACGUCAGAUCCCUUUGUGUCGAUCUGCCGAAAGGGCGAUGGGCACAAAGAGUUCAACAGGGCGAUGGUAUCACCGUGAAAUCCGUCUACGAUAGUGACGAAGUAAUACCAUUUCCUCCAUCACGCAGUGUCAUUGAUUCAGAUGGUGGCUGUGGUGGUGGCGGUGGCUCAAAAGAUAGCUCCAUCGACAGUGGCACAGAGACAAAAUGUAGCAGCGACUAUCGUCGAGAAGCCAUGAUUAACAAAAGGGUAAUUGAUGAUAAAGUGACAUUAAGAAGUAACAAUAUUACGGAAUUGACACGUCAAUCGAGGAAUCGUCAUCACACCGAUGAUAGCAGUCUUGGCAGUUUUAAAUUUGAGGAUCACGAAAGUACUGAACACGAUGGGGAUAUUGAGGAUUAUUCCGAAGGAGAAAACGGAACGACUGGUUCUGAAAAAUCACAUCAUAAAUUAAUGUAUUAUCCCCCACCAGAAGAUAUUGUAUCAAAUCAGUUUACCGUUAAUGCUAUGGAUGUUGAAGAACUCCGAAGAUCGCAAAGACAUCAAAAGAAGUUGAAGAAUGCAGAGAACGGUCGGACAAGCGAAUUGACCGCGUCUGGCAGUCAGGACGAGUCUGAUUCGGAAGGCGGAGCGUCGACUCCCAGCGCUGAGAGAAAUCCAUUAUCUAUGUUAUCUGAAGCUAGUUCGGAGGGUUUUGAUCAGCUCGCUAAACAGAGUCAAAGGGAAAAGUAUUUGAAAAAUGCCUUCGAGUCGCUUAGUGGCGCGGAGGAGCCACCGAAUCGUAUAAAAGCGACGAGUAUUAGUUCUCAAUUUCAUGGAAGACUCAGUGGUGGUGAAAGUAACAUCACUGCUAAAAUACGUAAUACAGUGGUGGUUAAUACGACGAAGCACGCGAGAGGUGACAAUGACGUUGUAAAGAAACGAGAGGAAUUGCAAAGGAGAAUAGAAGAAACUAGAAGAAAACUGCAAAGUGUCGGUUAUAGAUCCUUACUCAAAUCCAGUCAAAGCAUAUCUGAUUUGAGCAGUCGUAUACAGGAGAAGCAUCAUCGUUCGAACAAACUCGGCACAGGUAACAGAUCAUCUGGUCAACCGAAUAAAUUUUCAAAACCGAUUAAUCCCUGUAAAUCCAUACUAAAUCCAAAAUCCGCGCUUAAAUCCCAACGAUCCACUAACAAGGUUCAGGGUGUGGGGAAUGCGUUACUUAAGCUAGAGAUACCAAAUGAAAACCGCUUGUCGAAAAGUCCAACUAUGUUGUGUAUCAAUGAGAGAGCAAAAACGACUCUUAGUCGUCCGUUAACGUUGACACUAAAAAAAACUGAAAAGUAUAAGCUGUCCCUAAAUAAAGCUAAUCAAUCUUUGCCCGAAUCUCCCGUGUGCGAGGAAUUAAAGCUGCUGAAGGAGCAGUGUAAAAAAGACAUAAGUCGAUUUGCGAGAUUCGCGCAAAAAAGACGAUCUUGUAGUUACUUUAUUGGUCUAAACGACAAUGAAAAGGAUAUGGGGAACGUUGCGAAAUCCUUCGAGAGUCUGCCUGCUAUGAACGAACGUGAUAUGGAAAACCUUAAUGAAAUCAGUGAUGCUGAUGAGGGAAAUGGCAAUUUCAGCGACGAUUCAUUAGAGGGAGAUUUCAAGAAUCCACCUCGACGUUGCGUCAGUGAUUAUCAGAUAAAUGUUCGUAUGAAUGACUGCGGGAAUUAUUCAAAUUAUCAGAAUAUUCAGAAGAAGUUUUUAACUGGCUCUCAAGAGAGCAUACUCUCAGAUGCUUCCGUCGAAUCGUUUUCUAAAGGGAGUGCCGAGAUUCUGGAUUAUGACCAUGACAGACACUCGAGCGCGAGCUUUUUCCUGUCUCGACGCAAAAUGCAAGAGGGCAGAAGUCAGGAGAGCAUAUUGACUGACGAGUCUGACUACCAGAUGUUCCCGUUACGCGAAAACACCAAUCAUCGGAGUACGGAGAGCGUGUUGACUGACGACUCUGACUCCCUGGUGAAGUCUGCACCUCUUGAGAUACUGUUCGACUCGCAUUACCAGCGAAAGAGACAGAACUCCGAGACCUACAGUGGAAACCUUAAUAAUAGCGAAAACGUCGUUGGAGACAACGCGCAAAGUUCCAUCAACAUUGAGAACACGUUGUACAGAACGGUUUUUAGAUCGAAAUCUUUGCAGGAUACUAGAAUUAGCAAGGCGGGGAAUAAUGAGAAUUACGCAGAGGACAAUGCGUCAUUGAAGGCUCACGUUUACUGUGAAUUCAACUUCGACAACGAACGCAAGAACGAUACGGAUGCGUUAGUAUGCAGUGGAUCGGAAAUCGUUCCGCUUAGUGAUGAUCUGAGACUGCUCGCGAAACCCGCGAAAUCUAUGACAAUCUUGAAUGAUUUUGUUGCUCAUAAGCCGCCGAAACCCAAAAGAAAUUCAUCCCGUACGCAAAGCAUGCGUAACAGAGUCAGACCGAUCUGGAAAUUCGUCGACACUCCGCCUCCGUCGCCUGCGUUGAAAAGUGUUGCCAAUUCCGAUAAUUACGCGGCAUCCUCUAUGAACUCGAUCUGUUCUGAAUAUCAGAUCGCGCAAGGCAACGCGAAAAUCAAGCGAGAUUCUAUUAACUCGGGAGUGAUGCGACAAUUCUUACAAUCUGCGAAUUACACACCGCAAUCUGACGAUAAUAAAGACAACGGGGGCGAAUUCUACAGUCUGCAGACUUGUCUGCAUACCGAUAAGAACGAACUGAUGUAUAACAGAAACAACCCGUUACGUACAAUGAAAAAUCAUCACGUAACGAAAAUUUAUGAGAUGAGAAACGCAGAGUGUGCGUCUCGCGAUAAGGAACAAGUGAAUUCACUCGAAAAUGAUAUUCCAAUGAAAGAUACAUACGAAACUUAUGACUCACUGGAGCCCGCUGAAGUUUCUUGUGAUUUGCAAAGCGGCAAGUUGAUGCCGUCCACCACUGAAAAUGAUCUCAAUCACGCAAACAUGGACUUUCGAAUAACUCGCGCAAUCGAGGGCACCGUGAAGUUACUCUCGCAGGAGUUUGAGAAUCUAGUGAAGCAAAAGCAAUACGACUUAACGAAAACGGAUAGGUAUCUGCGACUGACGCAUGGAGAAAAUCACGAAACGAACGAGAACUUUGCCAAGUUAGAGGCCGAGCGAGACGGUAGAUUUUGUGCGAUCAAACGCGAUUACAUACGGUUGCAUUCAUGUGGCGAGGACAGCGACUGUGCUGAUGUGUCGGCGAUAGACCGGUCGCUGUUGGAGAGCGGUUCCUCUACGUCCGCAUCAAGUUGCACCAAUUCGCCCAAGAGAAUGUGGCCACCCGCGUCGCGAUGUCCAAGCCACACGAAGUGGACAAAAACUCUGCCGACGAUCAAUCAAGCGAUACUUACAACGAAGCAUCCCUACACAGUUACAGGAAAAUUGGGAAAUAAAAAUGUGGGCACAACAUCGAGAUUAGGAGGUGCCAAUCUUAGCAACCAGUCGAGAUAUGUGUCGGGGAAGAAUCAUUCGACUCAUAUAACAAGAAGUAGCAGUGUUGGUGUUUUAAAUCAAAGUGAUUCGGAAUCGGAUGCUGGUAUAACAGGAGGAAGUAGUAGAGGAUGGAACAGUCAAUCUAAUGCAAACAAUAGGACAAGCGGUCUGAUGAGACCGACGAUUAGUUCUCAAAAUAAAAUUAGCCAUCAAAAUAAAACGAAUUUCUUUGGUAAUAAUACCUCGUCGAUCUUAAGAAGACGAGGAAUGCAAGGAGCUUUUUCAACAGCUAAUUUAAGUCAAGUGGGAAAUCAGGAAGAUUCAAGUUCGGAAGACACUUCGUCGAAUGGAAACGGAGGAAAACCAGCGCUUCCGCCAAGACCUAGAAGUAUUAGUAUUAGUAUUGACCAUUCUUCUGCUAGCUUAAGUUUACCUGGUACAACGGUGAGAAAGUUUGGAUCGACAGUCUUCACAAAUGGCCGGAGUGGUGUUGGACAGAAUGGAAACAGAAGUAGAAAUCAAUUGGAGCCCAGUCCACAUGAGCUACCAGUUAAAGACACCGAUCACGCUAUUGAUAUAGCUAGCGUCGAAUUAGGCAUGGAUAAGACAUUAGUAUCCACGCAAUUAUGCAAUACGAUUGCGGAUGAGCUUACACGCACCGCGGACAACGUCGUACAAUUGUACAAACGUUUAAUGAUAGACAACGAUGACUCGUCUAGAGAAACAAUUGACCGGGACACGAUGCUACGUGGAUUGGAGUCAUCUGUUAAUGAAACUAUGCGUACUUUGCGACUGGUCGUUGCCGGUAGUGAGAAUGAUGAUAGCGGCAGCAGUGCCAACGCUGUUACUAAUGAAGUGACAGCGAAAUUUCAGGAAUUACUCGUAGGUCAGGAUCAAGGCAAGAUGGUCAACAUGAUGCAGCAGUAUUCUGACUUACUUUUAACCAUGAUGCAACAGAGGAUGGGAGGGACUCAAUCAAGUCACACGUAAAUCCGUCCAUCUGAAAAUUGAAGAGAAACAUAAUUGCCAUCAUAUUUAAUAUAGGUAUAAUAAGAAUACACAUAUAACACAGAACAUUCUAGCAAUAAUACAGCGACUUUGCUGGGAUGUUCUGUGCUGUACAGGUUAGGCAAAUUUUUAGGCCAAAAUUGUAUCGAUAAUUUGUUUUCUCCCCAUAUUGCGCAGAACAAUAAAUUCUAACAAUAUUACAGCAACUUGCAAUAUGUCUCCAAAAUUGCCAAAAUGUUGUAAUGUUAUUGCAAUAUUGAUUAAUUGUAUUGUAUUAUCUGCUGUAUAAAUAGCCUCUCAUAUAGCACCAAAUAUUAUUUUAGCAAUAUUGCAAAGACGUUGCUGAAAUAUUAUAUCGUGUUUUAUGCAAUAAGAGCUUUGAUUUGAAGAUUUAAAUUUUAAAUGUGUUUCAUUUUAUGAGAAUAAAGGAAAUAUGCGGGAAAGAAAAUUCUCGUACGCAUAACUCUAAAUACAUAUUGUAUAUCUAUGCAGAUAGUCUUUCUUCUUUUACCAAUUGUGGAUGAUAUUCACUAUUGUUAAUUUAAUUUAAGCUAAAUUAAUAUUAAUAGAUAUAACAUGAUAUAUAUCAUCGAAUAUCCAUUGUAAUUGUUUCUUACAUUCAUAUAUCUAAUAUAUAAGGUAUAAAUGAUUACUAUCAACUACUAAUAGAUGUUUGAAUUAGUCUAUGUCAAUCGCGUUUACCUAGACAAGAUGGACAAAUGAGAACGAAAUAAACACGAUGUAGGCCGUGUAAUCGUGUAUGUGUUUGUGUGUAUGUGCGUGUGUACAUAUAUACAUAUGUAUAUGUGUGUAUGUAUUUAUAUAUAUAUAUAUAACAUACAUAUAGAAUUAAUUUAUAUACAGUGCAGAACAUUUUGACAAUAUUGCAACAAUUUUGCAAUAUUUAUGUAAUAUUGUUUAAAUAUUGUAAUAUUGAUAAAAUGUUGCACUCUCGCUUUAUGAUUUUUGCAACGAUUUCAUCCAUUUGUACUUUGAAGCCAUACACCACAAAAUGCCAAUUAACGAAAGACUAAUAGAAUAGUUUUCAUACAUAUACACACACAUAUACAUAUAGAGUGUUAAUUACAUUGAUUUUAAUCGCAUUAUCUUGAAAAAUCUGGAAGAUGCGGAGAAAUAUUUCAGAAAAAAAUUAGCGAUAGUUUCGAAAACGUCCAAUCUCCAAUUUAGUUCAAAUUUUGAAAAUAGGUUUUUUUAGAGAAAAAAACAUGCGAGAAGGAUUUUUGGCGACUCAAAAAUUUAUAUGUAUGUGUAUUUAUUUACUGCGUCCCCUCAGGGUUUGCAGACUCAACAUUAUAUCAUACAUCUCAUUUCACAAAACAUUCAAUUUACCCCCUACGCGCUCUGGCCAUUUUGCGACUCUUACAUACUUCUCCCUCCCCUUCUCGACCCCUCUAAUCCCCAGAAAGCCCUUUCUCUCCUCUCCCGGAUCUCCCCUUCUCUUUUUCCUUUCCUUCUCUCGCGUCCCUCUCCUUCUCCUUCCGUUCAUCUUCCACUUCCUUCAUCGUCUCUCCUUGUCUUUCCCUCAAUCGAUUUUUCUCUCUUGCUCUCGUCUUUCUUCUGUUGCUCUCCUCUUUCCUUCCUUCUUUCCACCCUCCGUCCUUCCGUCACCUAUUAUCCCAUGUCCAUUCUUCCCACUCUCUUGCUCUCUAUCUUCCUUAAUUCCGCCACCCGCUCUCUCCCCGACCCCCUUCUUCUUUCAUAUCGUUAUCCACCGCCAUCUCCCUCUCCUUCUCUGACCAUCAUCCACCUUCGCCAUCCUCCGUGCCGUCCUCUGUCAUUCCGUCACUUGCCUUUACCGUUCCGCUCUUCGCUUGUCCCCCUUGUUGCCCCCUUCCGUGCUUGGUGUGCUCACUGUCCCUCUCUUUCUUCCACUCUACCUUGUGUCUCUCUUCUCUCUCCAUCUCCCUUCUGUUGCCUUUCUUACUCCUCUUUUCUUCUCCUGACAGCUCCUCCCUCCUUCCUCUUCUCUCCUUCCACCUCCCAUCUCCUCCAAAUUUCCACCAGCUUCUCUUCUUAUCUCCCUUAGCUCCUUAAUUAUCUCUUCCAUCCUUUGUAUUUCCUUUCUCAUUAGCCACUCUUUUCUCUCUCUCUCUCUCUCUCUCUCUCUCUCUCUCUCUCUCUCUCUCUCUCUCUCCCUCUCUCUCUCUCUCUCUCUCUCACUUUUAUUUUCAUUUUUCUCCGCUACGUCACACUUUCUUGGCGGACCACGCGCUUGGAAUCGCAAGCAUUCCCAAACCCGCUACCACAUCUCUUACUAUCCACCUCUUAUCUCUAUCGACCAAUCUUAUACCUCCUUCUUUCCAUUCUACCAAUCUUUUCCAUACAUCAUUCUCUUCACCAAUCACGGCCUCUCGCCUCGUACAUCGAUGGAUCGAAUUAUCGAUCAUCAUGCCCUCUCUUGCCUUCUGCCACGCCAUCUGCCAACUCCUCUGCUCACUCUCUCCUCCUCCAGCGCCACUCUCUAUCUCUCACGUCGCUUGUCCGCUUAGCUUCUGCAUCCGUUUGCUUCUGCGCAUUGUCCUCAUCUUCAAAAUCCGCUAUCUCAUCCACUGGUCACCUGAUCCGAUAUUCAAACACCUCUCCUGUCUCUCCACCAUCUACCCUGCACUUCCCUCCAAUAUCCGAGCAACUAUUCCACCUCAUUGUCCUCCUCCACUCACUCUCACCUCUUCUUUCACAUCUUUUACACUUUUCUACUAUAAACUAACGAGAGCACUCCUGCCCAUCCAUCACCGUCCGCCAUUACCUACCUCCUUCUUUCGACUCAAAAAUUUAUAAUUUGUAGGCAAAAAUUUAAAUCCACGAUAUUUGUUUCCACUUUGUUCCGUGCCGGAACAAAGGAGAUAGGAUCCCAGUGAACACAUUUUA